AAAAUAUUUGGAUGUAAUGAUGAUGAAUACCUAACCAGACCAAAUAAAAUUACGUAUACAUUUCUGUAGAAAUCUUUUCAGAUUUUUCUAGAUUAACAGUUCUUGAAUAUCGCCAUGUGUUGCAUAUCGCUUAUUACCGUCAGCGGAAGAAACCUUAAAUUUUGCUUUCGAUUCCUUUCGGUUUGACUAUCGGAAAAGUCAACAGGGGUGUAAAUGUUUAACAAACACACUACCGGGGUAAAUGUGAAACGAUAAAAAACGCCGGGUUUAUUUUUUUUUUAACUUUCACACAAAAUUGGAAUCUAGCAAUCGCGCGCGAGAUGGAUCUGAUCCAAUCCUACGACGGAGAAGCCGUUUCCUCUUCGCCGGAUUCUUCACCGCCUGGUAUAUUGAAACCGCAAUCAUCGGCGCCGGAGGUAGACGAUACGGCACUAAGCUCUCACAGUAGCUAGCUAACGCGAACCAAUCAAAAUCAAACCCGAUCAAUCCGACCCAACACGUCGUCGUUUUCAACCCUACCUAAUACCCCCGCGCAUCCCUACAAGCUAGGGGUGUGUGGAAGACGCUUCGAUUGGUGCCUUGAGCAGUACAACUCUUUUUUCACAGAUUUACGGUUACGCGGUGGAUUAUUACUUCCGGGUUGAAUUACGUUGGCGACGUGGAAGUAAAACGACGGCGUUUCUGUUUAUAUAUAUAUCCCCCAGAGCGAGAGAGCAGAAGUGGAGGACGAUUGAGAAAAAGGGAGGAGCGUGAGGCGGUGGCUGAGAAUCCGGCGACUGACACGUGGCUUCUAAUGCUGAGCUCAGCGCCCUGAUGCCCAAGUUAGAUGUUAGAGCACCAGCAUUGGAGGUUCGUGGGGUGGAGUUCACAAGCUUCCUCGAAAAAAAAAAAAAUUAUAAUAUGCUACAAUAAUAAUCUUGUAUCGUCACGCUCCUUCCGUAUGAACCCGAGUCGUCACUGUUCAGCUGGCUUCACGUCACGUGACGGCCCGCUAUUGGUCAAUUUAUUUAUUUAUUUUUUUUUUUUUAAAAAAUAAAAAAAAUAUAUAAAAAAUUCAAAUUAUGAACCCAACCGGGGUUCAUUAAUGCGGGUGCUCUUAGAGCAUGAGCAUCAAAGGUUCACGGAGAAACUCUCACACAUCCAAAAAAAAUUAUUAUAAUAAUAGAAUCUGAUGAACUCGUCUUGCAGGAUGCUUCCGGAUGAACCCGUUUCAUCACUGUUUCGCGGGCCCCACGCCACGUGGCGACCCGCUAUUGGUCCGCAUUUUUUUUUAAAUCAAAUGAAAAAAAAAAAAUUUAAUAAACUAUUAAAGUUGUGAACCCUCCGGUUCAUUAAUGCGAAUGCUCUUAGAGACGUGAAAAUUAUUAAAAAUUGAUAAUUACAGAAAACUGAAUUAUGAUUAACUUUAUUUAAGUACCAUUGGUAAAAAAUUAAUAAUUAUAGAAAACUAUAUAUUUAUUAUAAUUAUUUAAUGUAUUUUUUUAAUAAGUGUCAACAUACAACAUAUUUUGUCUUUGUAAAACAGAGAAAGUAGCUUUUUAGACUUGAAGAUUCGCAUCAUCCGUUGCAGCAAUGUAAGCUUUUAUUUGGAUUCUUUAUUAUUGGCUAGUUAACUUAUUGGGAGAUAUCCAAAUCUUGUAUAUUUAUUAAAUAAACUAGCACGACUAGUACAUCUUCGUACCGAUCCAUGCGUAUUCCACUCUGGCUUGUAUAUUCAAAUGUAGUUUUAAACUCAAAUCGUCUUCCCACGCAUGACAUUUUAAAAACUUUUGCAUCGGUAUACAGUGUGCCUCACUGGCAGAUACCCAAAUCUGGUUUAUAUAUUAAACUAGCAUGUACUAGUCCAUUUUCAAAUCGAUAAACGCAUAGUCCAGUCUGGCUUGUAUGAACAAUUUAAAUGGUUUUCAACGCUUGACAUUUUUUAAAAAACUUUUGCAUCGAUAUAAGGGAACCCUGAUAUGGUUGGUGUUAGUGUGUUACAGACAUCUAAAAUAGCAAAUAUGAGUCUAGGCUGUGAUCUCUCUGUUCUGGAAGAGCUUACUUCAAAUGCCAAGAAAAUACAAGAUGAUGUAUUGACCAAGAUACUUAAAGCUAACGCAAACACAGAGUACCUCAGCCUUUUUCUCGAGGGAAGCUCUGACAAAGAGCUGUUCAAGAAGAACGUACCAGUGGUGAGCUAUGAAGAUGUUAAGCCUUAUAUCGAUCGUGUGGCGAACGGAGAACCCUCGGACAUCAUUUCGGGAGAACCCAUUACUACGUUUAACCGAAGCUCUGGAACUUCAAGUGGGAAUCAAAAGAUAUAUCCUGCGAACAACAUCUACUUUGAGAAUAUGCGAUCCGGCUAUGCACUAAGCUCUGUCGUUAUGUCCAAGCAUGUAGAUGGUUAUAAGCAAGGAAAAAUGAUGAUAUUUAGGUUCACUCACAAGAUAUCCCCAACUCCUUGUGGUUUGCCUAUUGCUCCCGCGCUAACGAGCUUCACAAAGAGCAAAUAUUAUUCGAGCAUGGCAAAAAAUAGUACAAGCCCAUAUGAGGUCGCACUGUGUCCGGAUCCCAAACAGAGUAUGUACUGUCAACUUCUAUGUGGUCUUGUCCAGAGAGACGAGGUUGUAAGUGUCGGUACUACGUUCCCCUCUGUCUUGGUUCAAAUAGUCCAUUUUCUUGAAAAUUACUGGAAAGAGUUGUCUAGUAAUAUCCGAUCUGGUCAUGUCAGCGACUGGAUCACCGACCUUAGUUGUAGAGAUUCUGUCUCUAUCAUCCUUGGAGAACCAAAUGCUGAAUUGGCAGAUUUAAUCGAAAAAGAAUGCGGACAAGAAUCUUGGCAAGGUAUCAUUACAAGACUUUGGCCCAAAACCAAAUGCAUUGAAACUAUUGUUACAGGAACUAUGUCUCAACACAUCCCAGCACUGGAUUACUACUCUAAUAAACUGCCUCUAGUUUCCAAAGUUUAUGCAUCCUCUGAAGCAUUUUACGGGUUAAAUUUGAAUCCUCUAAGCAAACCACAACAUGUGUCCUACACAUUCCUACCCAACAUGUCAUAUUUCGAGUUCAUACAUGUUGAUGCCGAUGGAGAAGCCACAUGCGAGAUUGUUGAUCUUGUGGAUGUGAAGUUAGGUGACUACUAUGAGCCCUUGGUCACAAACUAUUCCGGUUUACACAGAUGUAAAGUGGGAGAUAUUUUACAGGUCACUGGGUUUUACAAUAACACACCACAAUUCAGAUUCGUACGUAGAAAAAAUACGGUUUUAUGCGUCGAUGUAGAGCCAACAACUGAAGAAGAUAUUUCAAAGGCGUUGGCUCGUGCAACAGUCGUUCUUGAAUCUUCGGAUUUGAUUUUGACAGGCUUCACAUGCUAUGGUGACAUCUCCACUGUACCGGGUCACUACGUCUUUUACGUGGAACUCAAAGCCAAAGUCAACAAUGGCACCACCGUUCUACAACUUGAUAACAAGGUGUUGGUGGAGUAUUGUUGUGUCAUGGAGGAAUCAUUGAGUGGUAUUUAUAGGAGACUUAGGGGAGAUGAGGGAUCGAUUGGAGCUCUAGAGAUAAGGGUUGUGCAAAAAGGAACGUUUGAUUCUCUCAUGGAGUUCUUUGUCUCGCGAGGUUCUUCUAUAUCUCAAUACAAGACACCUAUAUGCAUAAAGUCUACUGAGGCUUUACAGGUUCUUGAAGACAAGGUUCUUGCUCGGUUCUUCAGCGACAGAUCCCCUACUCUCUGAUCCAGAUAUGAUCUAUUUGUAUAUGGUGAUGAUUGCCACCAAAAAAAAUUAGAUUGCCUACUUGAGGAAUAAUGAAGUAACGCAGUUAUUUGGUGAGAAUGGUUUCUUUGUGGAGAAAUGAAUGGUUAUGUGUUGUGUGAUUUUCUUGUGUUAACUUAAUUUGAGUAUCUUGGUCUACCUCCUCUUGUAUUUGCUUCGCAUUUGAAACACUAGUUUUACUUCCGUCAUUGGGAACCUUCGAAAAAAAAACUAAGACUCUAA